AUGGAGGUCGACUAUGAGCCACUCACGGAGGUGGGGUCGAUCGGUCCGGAACCCCAGCAAGCGGAAGCCAGCUCCAUUUCGGCAUCCAAUUCUGGAGAAAAUGCAUUCCCACCAAAAACGAUUCAAGAGGAGCGCCUCCGGGUGUGCCGUCCUACGCGAUAUGACUGGCGACGAGAUGCAGAGGCUGUAGAGGAGUUCCUCAAUUCCCUAGACCUAUACCUCCGCCUUCAAAAUGCCCCAGAACAAUUCCAACUCCUCCUGGCCUCUUCCUUGUUAGAAGCGGACGCACGCCGAUGGUGGCUACACUUAAGCAACGGAUCCACGUUCCCGGAGCACAUCAGGUCCAUGCAGGCCUUCCGGGACGCGCUACGUUGCAGGUUUAUCCCGACGUCCGCAAGCGAGCAGGUUAUGGCAGAACUGAGAAAGCUUAAACAGGGAAAACUGUCAAUAGAGCGCUACAUUGAGAAAUACCAGUCCUUGGUGAACCGAAGUCCUAUGGUAGAUGCGGAGCUCCACAACAAUUGGUUUAUAGCGGGGCUGGCCCCCGGAGUGAGGCAAACAGUGACUGGCUGGGCCACGGACAGGGAAAUGAGGGGCGGAAAAGUGGAACUCGUCGCAGAAUGGAAAAGAAAAACGCCACAUUCACAGCCUUAG